UUAAAAUUGCAUUAUUUUUGGUCUAUCUUUUUCUCGAGUGCUAUGUUCUCUCUUUUCAUUUCUAAAUUUUUCCAAUCCCCACAGGCCUAUAAAUAAACGCUUCCAAAACUUGGAUUGCAGGGCUUAUUCACAGUUACUGUUGUAUGGGGUGGCUUUUGACUCCCCCCGACUUAUUAUAUCCUUCACUCCCUAUCUAUAUAUAAUAUCCAACCCCCACUCUCCUUUCUCUGCUACCUUACAAUUACAACCCUCCUAGCCUCUCUCUCUCUCUCUCUCUCUUUGGUGGUGUCAGAAAAGAACCAACAUGGAAGCACCAGAAGAACUCUCUUUGGGGGGCUCAAAAGAUCACACCAACAUUGUCAAAGGAAAAAGAACCAAAAGGGUAAGGCCACAAUCCCCUAUGCCAUUCUCCAUCACCUCCAAUUCUUCCACCGGAGAAGGAGAAAAAGAAGAAGGUUGCAACAACGGUGAUGAUGACAACAACAACAUGAAAAAUGAAGAUAUCAAUAACAUCAACAGCUCUCCCACCUCUUCUGCAGGAUUACAAGACAGCACAGAUGAAGAGGAGGACAUGGCGAAUUGCCUCAUCCUUCUAGCUCAAGGGCAAUCACGGGAAUCCCCGAAACACGCGGAGGAGGACGCCGGCAUGAACUCCGCCAAGUACAGCAGUAGAAAAUUCUUGGAAGCUGCUACCUUGGGGUCUAGCAGGGCAGGGUACUAUGUCUAUGAAUGCAAGACAUGUAACAGAACCUACCCUUCAUUUCAAGCACUUGGAGGCCACAGGGCCAGUCACAAGAAGCCUAAGGCAUUGAUGGCUAUUGGCCUAGAGAAGAAACAGCAACACCUUUUGUCAUCAGAUGAGGAAGAGUUUCAAUUGAAGACCAAUAAGUCACCAUUUUCCCUUCAAUUGAAUACAAAGGGGAAUUUGUACAGCAACAACAACAAGUCCAAGGUGCACGAGUGCUCCAUCUGUGGUGCUGAAUUCACAUCGGGACAGGCAUUGGGUGGCCACAUGAGACGCCACCGCGCUCCGGUCGGAACCACCACCCCCGCCACACUCUCCUUCACCCCAUUGGCUUUGGAACCAGAAGAAGAUCACCCCAGAAAGAAAAGGAAUGUGUUGAAUUUGGAUUUGGAUCUCAACCUUCCUGCCCCAGGAGAUGAUCAUAGAGAAUCCAAGUUUGCCUUCGCAUCCAAGCAACAACAACAACAACAUCAACAACCACAACAACAGCAACAGCCACAAACAAGUCUUGUCUUCCCCGCACCAGCUUUGGUGGAUUGCCAUUACUAACAAGGUUUUAGAUUGGCAUUUCCCAAGAUGAUCACAAAACAAAACCGGGGUUAAUGUGCAAGUUUAGCGAUACGGUUGUCGUCUGAUUUGAUUUUUUUUCUUUAUUUCUUUUUUGAUAAUCAAAAUUUACUUUACAUGAUUCUUUUGAUUCUUUGUAAACUUGAUGAAGCCAUGGCCCAUGGUGAUUAAGGGUGAGCUCAGUUGUUUAUUGGAGAAAAGUUUUAAUAUUUUCUCUGCAAAGACCUCUCCAACUCAUGGAUAGCGCAUGUUGGGGUAUCUUUUUUUCACUUCUUUUUUCAUUGGUGUUAGGCCAGCCAAAGAAUGUGAUGUAUUAUGACUGCAGAGAGAAAGAGAGGCAGAGAGGGUGUUGGUAGUGGUACUAUCCAAAAAAGUCUUUGUUUAAGUUUCAUUGUUUUGUCCACAAGAAAACAUUAAACACAACAUUUUUUUUCUA